CUGCUUUUCUUAAACAGCAAUGUCACUUCUCCUGGGCAGACAGAGCAACAUAGAAUUUAUUAACAUUCUGAAAAAAGACCACAAACAGGAUAAAACUGGACAUGUCACCAAGCAACACAGCAUCAAAGCAUUUCUGUAGCAUACAAGUGACAUCAGAAAAUGGAGCUCUGUGCAUUAUCAAUCCCCUCUUCCUACACGAGCACGGUGAUACAUGGUUAACAGAUAGCUCUCAAAAUAAGAUGGAAAACAGGAUGAGUGUCCCAUGGUGCUAUGGACAAAGUGGGAACAGAGGAUCCAUGGACUGGAGGAGGAUGUCCAUUUAUGGACAAAGGCCUGGAAAUAUAAGGCAUGGUAAAGAAGAUGUGAUCAAAAAGUAUUCCAGUGAGACAGAUGGACUGUUAGACGUUUGUAGAAGACUCAGUAUAGGUAAAGACAAUGAAGUAGCAGUACAAAUUGAAAACAGCACAACAGGGAUUUGCUUGAAUUCAGAAGUGAUGACCCAAAAGAAAACCAAUCCACCAGAAACAGCAAAGGAGGCAUUCGAAGGUUCACAGGAAGAGAAUGUCCCUCUAGAAGAUAAAGCAAGUGAAUGGAGAAAUAAUCUGAGACAACACAGAGUCUCUUGGGUUGAGGUGGAACACUCAGCAGAAUUAAAGAAAUGCAGUUCAGAAACUUCACUUAGCUCCUCAGACAGCUUUCUUCUUCCUCCACCCCCAGAGAUAGACUCUGUAUCUAUCAGUAGUAUUGAAGAAGACAUGGAUUGUCACUCUAUAAAUAGUGGGAAAAAAUAUGCUCAUGGGCUUGGAGAUAUGGUGAGACACAGCCUUCUAGCUGUCAGCACCAUAUUGUCAGGUCUUGUCUCUCCAGAAAAACAUUUUAGUAAUAGGAUUAAACAACUUGCUGAAGAUCCAUCAUGUUAUCUUGGUAGUAUGGUACAAAGAUUUUAUUGUCACAUGUUUAAGGAAUCUGGGCAGUACAAAUCUAGCAUUGAUAUGCUGCAGAAUAUACGUCAGCUGAUCACAAACCUCAAAUCCCAUCUGCUUGAGAGCAAUGAGAUCUGGGAAAUUUUGGAACAUCAAGAGAUUGAUGAAUAUAAGUUGACUUCCAUCGUUGAGGCUUCUCUAUACAAAUGUGUACUGAAGCCUACCCAAGAUGUGAUUUACUCUCAGCUUCUGGACUUUCACCGAAAUGAUGGGUCAUUAACCAAGUUAUUAGAAAACCAGGAGAAGAUGAAGAGAAUGAGCAGUCAAAACCUUUGUUCUGGUGUACCAGGUCCUGUUAUCAUGGAGAAGAUCCAAAAUAAACUUUCCCUUAUGCACAUCACCUACUCCCCAGAAAAGAUGAUCAGGCACUUGCUGAAGGUUUGCAAACUCAUAUAUGAAUCCAUGGAAACUGCAAGUGGAAAGAAAGGAGCCUUUGGUGCUGAUGACUUCUUACCAGUAUUAAUACAUGUUUUGCUGAGUUGUGACCUGACUUCUCUGCAGCUUGAUGUGGAGUAUAUUAUGGAACUUGUGGAUCCUUCUCAGCUUCAGGGAGAAGGUGGUUAUUAUCUGACUACACUGUUUGGAGCCCUGUAUCACAUCGGCAGCUUUAAUACUGUGUCCAGGCAGCUCAGCGCAGAAGCACAAAAUUCAAUACGGCAAUGGCAACGUAGAAGGACCGUUUACUAUAAAAGCACUUCUCAAAACCGCAGUAAAAAUAUAAAAAAUGAAAACUCUGAUGCACAAAGUACACCAGAAAAAGAUGUAAAAGAGUAAUACUUUUGGGUUAAAGACAUUUCAUAAUGUAUACAGUUUGACAGGUGGUUUCUAAUUGAACUUUGGUGUAAUUUCAGGAGGAAAGACUCACAUGUGUGGGGUGCCAAACUCUAGACACUAGACUUUUUGAAUCAUCCAAUAUAAAUUAAUAUAUAAAGUUGAAAUAAAGUUGGCAAAUCAAUUACCUAGAACAAGAGUUCCACGAUUAUCCAGAAGACUUGCACUGUUGCAUCUUGGUUGCAGUAAUAGGCAGUGUGUGCUUCUCCCCAAAAGAACAUAGAACAGUUGCUAACAUCUGAUUAGUCUGAAACUGUAUACCCUGGACUGCUACAUUAGCUAUAAUUGCUUCUACCC